UUUUAGAUAUAAAGUAGCCGCCACACCUGUACAAGUAGUAAAGGCAGUGAUUAGCCUGUAAUUAGGAUAAAAUCACAAGCCAUUUACCCAAUGUAGGCUAACUAUUUCGUCAAAAUAAAUCGCACUAACUAUUGAAGAAGAAAAUCGCAUCUUAACAUUUUUGGGGAAUACCCAGUACAUCACAUCGGGACAAGGACCACAUCAGGAGUAUGUGGAUUCGAUGGGUGGCUCUAGUGACACUGACAUUUGUCACAUUGAGCAGGAAGACUGAUGCAUGCGUAACUCCUGAAAAAGAUGUCAACUUUGAUGAUUUUGCGCUGAGAUCUGACAUUGUUGUAGAAGGGGUUUUGGCAAGAAAUGUUGUUAAGAAGAAACCAAAAUUUAGUGCUACGUUUCGAGUCACUACGAUUUUUUCUACAAAAGCAGGGAAGCUCAAAUUGGGCAAUUCUUUCGUAGUUGGCGACUUCGGUUCUGCGUCUUCGUGUCUAAAACCCAAGUUUGGCAAGAAAUAUGUAUUUUUCUUGUCUCCAAGUACAGCACCUAGAAUACGGGGUCGCCCCCGACGAUUCGUCAACCGCUAUAACCCUGUCGGCUCUUCAAAAAGGAAUCUGAAACUUUUUAAAAGUGUUCUGGAAGGUACUUAUGAAGGCGAAACGAUAUUGCGAUCUGGAUGUAAAAAGAUGAGUAAGCCGGAUAAUGGAGCCGUCUCAUGUUCUCCUGAUAAAAUGCGAUGUGUUACCUCAUGUAAAAAAGGAUUUUUACUCAACGGCGGACCGAAGUUUAAAGUUUGCCAAACCACAACAGGACUGUGGUAUCCGUUCAAAUCAGUAUCGUGUGUUCCUGAACCAACAACUACUUCAACGACUUCUACUGAUGAAAUAAUAUUGGCAUCAACACCACAAUCUGCGAUUUCCAAUAUUAAAAAUCCGUUCACUGAUACAAUAGCCAACAAGGCUACAUCCAAAAAGAAGCCAGUAGCCAAAGCAAAGACUGGAAAGAAACGAAUCGCAAAUAGGAGAAAAACAAAGCGAGGAAAAAAGAACUCUGGAAGUAAAAUGAAAACGACACCGCGGAAAAUUAUAAGAUUGAAAUCUGCUGAAGGGGGAGGGACGACAUCUAUCAGCAGAAGAUAUCCAAAUUUGAAAGGUGCUGAUGCACAGAAGGUACUCGUGGAUAAUCUCAAUUCAGAACAAGAAACUUUAUCAGAUUCCCAUGACACCGAUUUGAGCAUGUUCUCAAACGAAGAAGACAGUACAACUACAACUUUUGUUAGUUCAACAACUACAAUACUCUCUCCUUCGACAACAGAACAAACUCCACCUCCAAGAAGAUCAACACCAAGUACGCGAAAAGUACCAAUUAUGCCAACCGAUGAAUCGGCUAUACCAACAGUAUCAUCGACAAUCUCAUCAUCACCUCUAACACCAACAGAAAUUGAGAUACCGCUAGUUUUGUCUGAAGAACCUGAUACAUCACCCACAGAAAAAGGAGAAUCGAUUUUGACUUCUAAAGAACCUACAACAACGACUACAAAACCCGUCGCAGUGUCUGAGGAAACAGAUAAACCAGUUUUAACGACUGGUGUUAUAGAACAAUCAACGAUAACAACAGCAAAAGUUGAUUCAAUUCCACAAACACCAAAUAUACCUACGACAAAAUCAACUGUGAUAGUUUCUAGUUCCGAAGUACCAAUUACUUUAACAACGAAUCGGUAUGUGGAAACAGAAAAUCGUAGUUUAAUUUCUGAAGCACCAGAUUCAUUUGUGACGGAACCAUCCGUAGAAUCCAGAAACCUUAACGCAACUUCUGAAAUAACAGAUGCAUUCACAACAGAACAAACCAGAGACACAGCAACUCCAGUCUUUAUACUUGAAAGCACGACUCCAGCUAAAACGACUGAAGACAUCGAGGAUCCUGUAACUAUGCCUGAAACGGUAAAUGCAUCAGCGACAGGAGCAAGUAUGAUAACUGACAAGCCAACAUAUUUCUCUGAAAGACAAAAUACAACUACAACAAUUCUAAUAGAUGAAACCGAAGCACCGACUUCUGCGUUUAAAGAGCCUGUCGAACUUACAAAAGAAACGGCGACAAUAGUUUCAGUUACUAGAGAAUCGGUGGAAUACAUAACAGAAUCGAGCGCAAAAGCUAAUGAGACAGUUUUUAUUGAUCCAAACACAACUUCAUCGGAACCUAUUGUCGACGCAAGUACAGAUCCAGUUUCGGGAGUAUCAGAGGUAUAUACAGUAGAGCCAAGCGCAAAACCUAAUGAGACAGUUUUUAUUGAUCCAAACGCUACCACAACGGAAUCCUUUAUCGAAAGUACAGAACCAGUUUCGAUCAAAUUGAACAUAUCCUCAACAGACUCCACUUUGGAGAUCAGUGGCACAUUGUCUACUAUCGAAAAUCCAGUCACGUCAGGAAUAGAGAUAGCAACUCAAACGGCAGAAAUGGUUUUAAUUUCUGGAAAUAUCUCAACAACAAAACCAGUAAUGAAUAUUGAUGAAACGUCGACAAUGGUUGAAGAACGUGAUAUGGUCACUUCUAAAUCGAUGGUAGAAUCAACAAAAUCAGUUCCUAUUUCUGAAGAAUUUGAAACUUCAAUAAUGGUGACACCUAGUACAAAGACAUUGGUUUCUGUAAAUACAAGCACAACAAAACCGAUAGAAGAGAUUGAAUUGUCGGUUCCAACAUCUCUGGAACUGAAUAUAUCUACGACGGAAUCAACUCAACAAGUUGAAACCAUUACAAAUGAACUUAUAAAGGAACUAAAUAUAUCCGCAACAGAGACAAUCAUAACAACUAUUUCGUAUCAACCAGAUCCCACUGCCGCGUCAAAUAAGACGGACUCUAUUUCUGAAGUACCAGUUACACCCACGACAGAAACUAUAAUAGUUUCAGACAUAUCAACAACGAGUCAAACCGAAGGACCUACUAAACCCAUUUCGAUUUAUACAAUACUAAAUGGAACUGAUCCAGACUCCACCACAGUAGAACAAACAUUUGAUCCAACUGCUGCUCCAAAUGAGACAGUUACACCCACGACAGAAACUAUAAUAGUUUCAGACAUAUCAACAACGAGUCAAACCGAAGGACCUACUAAACCCAUUUCGAUUUAUACAAUACUAAAUGGAACUGAUCCAGACUCCACCACAGUAGAGCAAACAUUUGAUCCAACUGCUGCUCCAAAUGGGACAGAUUCAAUUUCUGAAGGACCGGUUACACCCGCCACAGAAAUAAUUUUAGAUAUAGAUACGUCAACAACGGAUCAAACUGAAGGAACCACCAAUCCCGUUUCAAUUUCUACACUAGUAAAUAUAACUGACCCAAUUACUGUCACAGUGGAACAAACAUUCGAUCCAACUGCUGCUCCAAAUGAGACGGAUUUGAUUUCUAAAGGACCGGUUACACCCGCUACAGAAAUAAUUUUAGUUUCAGAUGCGUCAACAUCGGGUCAAACUGAGGGAACUACCAAUCCCGUUUCAAUUUCUACACGAGAAAAUGUAACUGUCACAAGCACCGUCACAGUGGAAAAAACAUUUGAUUCAACUGCUGCUCCAAAUGAGACGGAUUUGAUUUCCAAAGGACCGGUUAUACCUAGCACAGAAAUUAUUUUAAUUUCAGAUACGUCAACAACGGGUCAAUCUGAAGGAACAUCAAUUUCCAAAACUUACCCAAGCACCACCACAGCGGAACCAGCAGCUGCAACCGAACCGUCCACUGCGUACACGACGAAAUCUACUGAAGAAACUCAGAAAACUACAACAACCACACAUCAGCUCACCUCGACUGAGGAGACAACUGUGAAACCAACAUUAUCAACCAGUCCACCAAUUUUGUCAACAAAAGAACUGGACUCGACGAUAAAACCAAGCAUUUUACCUGAAGCAUCAUCGUCGACGUCAACUGAAAGGCCUGUAACUACAAAAACAAUGACUACGACAGCAAAAUCAAUUUCAUCAACUAAAGAAACUGUUACGCCGACUACACUACUAACGACUGGAUUGCCUGUUACGUCGCCAAAAGUUACGCUAUCCAAGAAGCCGGUUUCUCCAACCAAGAAGCCGACUUCAGUGUCAACUAAAAAGCCAUUCGUCGUGUCUAAAAAACCAUCACCUAAGAAACCAAUUACACCAAGCAAACCCCCAAAAAUUCCAUCGAAGAAACCCGAGACGCCGGUUUCUCCAACCAUGAAGCCGACUCCAGUGUCAACUAAAAAGCCAUUUUUCGUGUCUAAAAAACCAUCACCUAAGAAACCAAUUAUACCAAGCAAACCCCCAAAAAUUCCAUCGAAGAAACCCGAGACGCCGGUUUCUUCAACCAUGAAGCCGACUCCAGUGUCAUCUGAAAAGCCAUUUGUCGUGUCUAAAAAACCAUUACCUAAGAAACCAAUUACACCAAGCAAACCCCCGAAAAUUCCAUCGAAGAAACCCAAGAAGCCGGUUUCUCCAACCAAGAAGCCGACUCCAGUGUCAACUAAAAAGCCAUUUGUCGUGUCUAAAAAACCAUCACCUAAGAAACCAAUUACACCAAGCAAAUCCCCAAAAAUUCCAUCGAAGAAACCCGAGACGCCGGUUUCUCCAACCAUGAAGCCGACUCCAGUGUCAACUAAAAAGCCAUUUGUCGCGUCAAAAAAACCAUCACCUAAGAAACCAAUUACACCAAGCAAACCCUCAAAAAUUCCAUCGAAGAAACCCGAGACGCCGGUUUCUCCAACCAAGAAGCCGACUCCAGGGUCAACUAAAAAGCCAUUUGUCGUGUCUAAAAAACCAUCACCUAAGAAACCAAUUACACCGAGCAAACCCCCAAAAAUUCCAUCGAAGAAACCCGAGACGCCGGUUUCUCCAACCAUGAAGCCGACUCCAGUGUCAACUAAAAAGCCAUUUGUCGCGUCUAAAAAACCAUCACCUAAGAAACCAAUUACACCAAGCAAACCCCCAAAAAGUCCAUCGAAGAAACCCGAGACGCCGGUUUCUCCAACCAAGAAGCCGACUCCAGUGUCAAUUAUAAAGCCAUUUGUCGUGUCUAAAAAACCAUCACCUAAGAAACCAAUUACACCGAGCAAACCCUCAAAAAUUCCAUCGAAGAAACCCAUUUCUCCGGUUGAAAAACCUAGAAAACCAACAGAAAAGCCAACAAAAAAACCAUUAUUACCAAGGAAACCAUUGAGAAAACCCGGCGCUGGCAAGAAACCUACAUUACGAAGGAAACCUACUGGAUCCAGACGAAAACCAGGCGUGGCUCCCAAAAAGCCAGCCACUCCGUCUAAAGCACCUGCAAAAAAGCCAACCGCUCCAACGAGAGGGCCUCUGAAAAAGCCUGUUACAGGGAAAAGACCUAAUUUACGCAGAAGGAAACCAUUAGGAGCUAGAAGGCGACCAGGCGUAGCUCCCAAGAAGCCCAUCGGAACUAUAAAUAGGCCAACCCCAGUAAAACAAAAGCCUGGUGAAACUGCCAAAACACCUAACGUUCUGAUAAAACCAACUUCUGUGAUUGAAAAGCCAGUAACAACAGCCACUGCGACAAAGGAACCAACAAAAGAAAUAAUUAUACAGACCACAGAACCACCUACGUCGCCAAAAUUGUCUCCCACUACAACAAAAGCAACCGUAUCAACAAUUCAGCCUAGCACAACCACAAAAGAAUUGAAAAAAACAACCGUUGCAACCACUAUUCCUAUUGUGGCGACAAAGAUACCAACUGAAACCAAAAAACCAACCAUUCCGAGACAAGCUCCUGCAAAAAAGCCAACCGCUCCAAAACGAGGGCCACUGAAAAAGCCUCUCACAGGAAAGAGACCCAAUUUACGCAGAAGGAAACCAUUGGGAACUAGAAGACGACCAGGUGUGGCUCCUAAAAAGCCUACCGGCACUACGAAGCCAGUUCUAGCCCGACAAAAGCCUAGUGAAACUGUCAAAAAACCUGAAGUUCCGACAAAACCAACUACUCCAAUUCACAAGUCAACAACAACUGCGACAAAGGAACCAACGACAGAAACAAUUUUACAAACCACAGAACCACCUACUUCGCCAAAAUCAACGACAUCAUCGACACAGAGAUCUGUUUCUGUCACGGAGAAACCAGCAGUCACUAAAAAAACAGUCACGCCUAGUAAAGCACCUACAAAAAAACCGGUAGUUACAAGAAGGGGACCCCUAAAAAAACCUGUUCGGGGAAAAAGGCCAGCUUUAUCUAGAAAGAAACCUAUUGCUGGUAUUAAGAAACCGGGAGAAAUUGCAAAGAAGCCCGUGGGUACCAGAAAGAAGCCAGGUAUGGCCAAGAAAAAACCGGGUCUAUCUGUCAAGAAGCCAGCGGGUGCCCAAAAGAAACCGUUUGUUGGUAAGAAAAAGCCUGGAAUCCAAGGUAAAAAGCCUGGUUUGGCUCGCAAGAAACCAUUACUCACCAGAAAGAAGCCUGGCUUUGGUAAAAAACAACCUGUUAAAAAGCCGCCAAUAAAACGACGACCUGUACCAACUAAAAAGCCUAUUAAAAAACCUUUGCCCGGAAAAGGUAAAGUGGGAUUAAAACCUGUUGCCAAAGGACGAACCGGACCUAAGCCUGUAGGCGGAAAAGCAAUAAAAACUCCUACAACAACAAAAUCAGCGGCAGUAAGUACAACAGAAGAACCAACUACUACUAUUGCGCCAACCACAACUGAAAUCACAACUACUAGGAAAACAACCACCACGAAACCAACAACCACGACCCCCAAAACUAGGCCCACCAUGCCAACUUACCGCGCAUUACAACCAAUAACGCGACGACCAGCUUACCCACGCCGACCCACAACUCGUCCACCUCCUCGAUUAGCAGCACGAGGUCGACUUGGAGCCAACUCUGGAUUCCGCCCACUUGCCCCCGCAAGGCCACCGAUACGAGCCCGCCCUUCACUCCCAAUUUUCCGUCCUCUUGUACCAUUGAGUAACCGACCCAUAUUGCCAAGACCCGUGGGUACGUUUUCACCCGAGAGUGUUGCAAUAUUGAAAAAAGUUCCAAAUGUACCGGGAAAAGAAUUAGAUCAGAUAGAUGAUAAAUUUGCUGUGGCGAAAGACGGAGAUGCAUGGCAAGGGAUGGAUGAUGGAUUGAAUUAUAAGCCUCAACUGACUAUUAACAAAACAGUAUAUGGUUGCCCAUACUACGAAUCAAAUAUUACAGUUUUUAGCUUUUGGCCAGGAGGCUUCAAUGCAAUGGUAAAUUUCUCUCGUCUAACGAAACCAAUGAUGAAUGGAUGGAUAGUGAAAAUACAAUUCGAGUCACCAAUACUUGAUAUUGAAACCCACGUUGUUAAUUUCUUCAUCGCCACAGACGACAGAAAAACCGUUGCGUUUUUGCCUAAGCCGUAUAUGGCAGUACUUCAUUAUAAUCAGGAUUUGACAGUCGCCUUUAUUGGAAAGGUUGGCAAUGAAGACAUAAAUGUGCCCCGUGGCAGAGCGUUGCUCAUGGGAAAAUGUACUGACGACAUACUCGCUGGCAAAGUUGUUGGAAACAUGUUUCAAGGACAAAAAGUACUAGAAAAACUUGGAAACGGCACUAAAGCAAAAGAGGUUCCAAGCGCUCCAACAAGACCUCCAGCAGUUUCAAGAGCGACAGCCACUGAGCAAACUCCAGCUCCAAGAAGACCAGGAGCGGCAGGAGCUGGAGUCAGGCGGCCCGGUGCGGCAGGAGCUGGAGCCAGACGGCCCGGAACGGCUGGAGCUGGAGCCAGACGGCCCGGAACGGCAGGAGCUGGAGCACGACGACCAGGAACAGCAAGACGCCCUGGAGCAGCACCCCGACGAACCGCUCGGCCAAGAUCAGCAUUCAAGCCUCGUCCCGGGAAUAUCUGGCCCGCAAAUAGAUGCUUGGCAAAAUCUGCUAAUGGUGUCCUUCCAGAAGGAGGAUUAACAAGACCAAAAUGGUCUAAAAGCUCAAGCAAAAAAUCAAUCUAUGAUUACAACGAAGUUCUGCAUAAAUCUGGACUUUUCUACAUGGCUCAGAAAUCUGGCAAACUUCCUAAAAUAUUCCCAAUACCUUGGAGAGGCGACUCUGCACUGAAGGAUGGAUGUAACACUGGGGACGCCUUGUUCGGAGGACUUUACAGUGGUGCUGGUUACGAAAAGUCUACAUUGGCUAUUGCAUUUACAACAACUAUGCUUGCUUGGGGAGGAAUUGAUUAUAAAUCAGCAUACACUGCCGCUGGUGAAUACGACGAUCUUGUGAAAAUCAUUAAAAGUAACGCAAACUAUUUGAUUCGCUGUCACACAAGCGCGAAUGAGUUAGUGGUUCAGAUAGGAGACUAUGAUUCAAGUGGAACGAAAUGGACAAGGCCAGAAGAGCUGGACGUAGAAGGAAGAAAAAUAUACAAGAUAAAUACUAAAAAUCCAGGCCAAGAUGUUGCUGCUGAAACAGCGGCCGCUCUAGCUGCAGCAGGAUUCAUGUUCAAGUCAACAGAUUCCAAGUUUUCUCAAGAAUGUUUGCUCCACGCCAGGCAAUUGUACAGUUUUGCACAGAAAUAUCCAGGCAAAUAUAGUCAAGUCAUUCCCUCAACUGCGAACAGAUAUCAUACGACAUCUGACACUUUGGAUGAUUUGGUGUGGGCGAUGCUUUGGAUGGGUAAAGCUACAGGAAAUAAGGCAUAUUUUGAAAGAGCAGAAGCUAUGUACAAGAAAAUCACCACAAGUCCUGCAAACCUGUUCUACUGGGAAGAUAAAACAAACGCAUUGCCGAUAUUGUUAGCCAAAUUCACGAAAAAGAAGGAUUAUUUGAUAGAGUCUAGAAAAUUGAUAAUCAAACUGGCGAAGAAUGGAACGCGAACACCGAGCAAACAGCUUUGGUUACAUGAAAAGGGAACAAACAUGCACACGGCAAACUCUGCGUUUUUGGCACUGCAGACAGCAAUGAUAUAUAAACGCUUUCCGUUCGGAUCAAUAGCAGCAUCAUUUGCAGAGGAACAACUUCAUUUGCUUCUGGGUGACGGUGAACGUAGUUACGUUGUCGGAUUCGGUAAGAAUUACCCGAAACGUCCUCAUCAUAUGGCAAGUUCAUGUCUUGAUCCACCCGCUAAGUGUGAUGCUUCUCGUUUACGUAUAUCAGCUGACAGUCCACAUACAUUGUAUGGAGCCUUGGUCGGUGGACCUGAUCAGCAAGGAAAAUACAACGAUUACAUUACGGAGCAGAUUCAAAACGAAGUAGCCAUCGAUUUUAAUGCUGGAUUCCAAUCAGCUAUAGCAGGGUUACGAGAAAUGCAACUUCCGGGAAAAUCUCUGAUAAAAUCCUCGUCAAACCAGUUGCGUAGGGUGGGACAACCUGUUCGAAAGAACAAUGCAGGAUAAACAAAUAUAUUUUAUAAGAUUGGAAAAUCAGACGGAUUUCUGAUAAAAUUGAUGUUAUUGAUUACCAUAUUAUUUUGGUUAUAGUUAGUUCCACGCCAUGAGUGGAUGACCAAAUAUUUGCCUUGCAUUUUCAAUUGAACUGAUUGUUUUUCUUGUUGAAUUUUUUAUGUUCCACAUUUUGGGUAAAGUAAGUCUAAAGCAUAUUGGCCCUUUCUCUGUCAGUCCAGUCAAAUGCGAGAUAUUCAACUGCCUGGCCUAAUUCAAUGACACCAAUUUUCAUUAUAGUAAAUUAGCAAAUUUGCAACAAUUUUUCAAAUUUUAUUUUUAAUCGUCUGCUAUGAGAUAGAUUGUGACUGCUCUUGGUUUUCAGGCAUGCAUUUCAAUCAAUAUAAGUUGUUUCAUGAGACCGUAUACUAAAAGGGUUGAGUCAAUAAUAAGCUCCAUUAUAAAUGUCUGUUAUAUGAAAAACAGAUUUCUUUAUAUGCUUAGCACUACUUGAAACAAUUUGAGAUUGGUUUAUCACAUUGCCUCAAGAAGCGGAAAAAUGGUUGUGUAUAUUAUUCACAUUGAUAAUUUUUAUUUCAAAUCCCCAUGUUCUUUAGGUGAAUAAAACAACAAACACAUAUUCAAA